GGAGUUUCAAAAAAUUCAGCGGCAGUUGUUGAAGCUGUGUGAAUUACCGACAUUAUUCCCUUUUUCCCUUUUUUUAUUGUUAGCUUUUUUAUUAGGUUUUCUGCUGUAGUUUAACUCUUCGGGUCUAGGAAUCAUGUCGUUUUCAAGGGCUCCGUUGAAAAGAUUUAAUGAACACAUUGGCUGUGCUCCUCCACCAGGUACAUAUGAGCUGAAACCUGGCGAACUGAAGGGUGUCGCUUCGUUUCACAAGGCAGAGCGCUUCAAAUCACAGAAACUUGGACCACCCGCAUCCAACGAUGUGGUCAUGUCUCCAGUGCGUAGGACCAUGUCGGUUGAUGGCUUGGCCGAUAGUUCAAAGAAGGACAAAGGCCAAUUUCAAGUUGAAAUGAAACAGCAGAAGCUGCUGGAGAAAGAGAUUCGGUCACUGGUUCAGCAGAGAGGAGAACAGGACCGCAGGCUUCAGACCCUAGAGGAAGAGCUUAAGAAGCUGGAGGCUAAACUGCUGACUGCUGUUAGAGAGAAGACGGGUCUCACAGCCAGCGUGGCCUCUCUUGAAAGGCAGCUUGCAGAGUUAAAGAAAACCAACGAGUUCCUCAAGACCAAGGUUUCUGCAGACACCACAAAGAAGAGAAUCCACUCACUGUCUAUGGAGCUCAUGGAAGCGAGAAACAAAGUAGAUGCCAAGGACAAGGAGCUGAGUUUCCUGCAGAUCAGCUCUGAUGGCAAAAUAAAGGGGUUGGAGACUGAUCUUGAAGCUUCAAGCGCAACUCUUAAUGCUAUUAAGGACAGAAACAAAGAUCUUGAGUGCCUACAUGAAGAGACUAAAGCUCACAAUAAGAAGCUGGAGAAAGAAAUGGAUAAGCUGCAUGCUGAUACACAGGAGCUGAGGGAGGAACGCAAAGUGCUGCAGAGCUACCUUGAUGCUGCAAAUGAAGAAAUUCAGGAUCUCAAAGGGAAGCUACAGGACAAAUCUGCAAUGGAGCGCCGUGUCUCAGAUUCUCAAGAGAAACUUGGGGAAGUGGAGCAGAAGUUGGAGCAGCGCAUAGUGGAGCUCCAGAAGUCUCAGAGUAUUCUGCAGGAGAAGGAGCAGGAGCUGCAGAGGUGCCAACAGGAGCUGCAGGAGUGCCACAGCACACUUGAGGAGCGGCAGAAAGAGCUAGAAGAUCACAAGCUUGACCUGGAGGCCUCUAGGGCUACGCUGAAAGAGCUGGAGGAGAAGAUCAUCCAGGGAGCCCGGGAUCUCAAGGACUCGCAAAGCAUAGUGAAACAGCAAGAGCAGGAGCUGGUCCGAGUGAGGCAGGUGCUAAAAAGGACAGAAGAGGAGUUGGACCAGCGUGUUGCAGACAUAAAUGAGCGUUGCUUGAGCAUGGAGGAUGAGCUGGCCAGGACACAGGAGGAAGCACUGAGGAGAGUGCAGGAACUGCAGGCUGAGGUUUGCUCUCUGGAGGAGACCAAGAAGUGUGAGAAAGAAGCUCAUGACCAGCUGAAGCAGCAGCAUUCUGCUCUUGCCGAUAUGUUAGAGGAACAGAAGGCUCAUAAUGGGUCUUUGACCAGCAUGAUGGCAUCUCUGCGUGAAGACCUAGAGAAAGAGAGAAAGCAGUUAGAAGCAGAGCUGGAAGAGGUGCUGGAGGAAGUGAAUGUGCUCGAGGAGCAGGACAAGCUCCUGCAGGAGACCAUCCAUCUCCUCACAGAGGAGAAACUCACGAUGGAGGAAGAACUGAAGAGCGCCCGUGCAGAACUAGAGAGGCACAAAGCAGAGACCAAGACUUUGGAAGAGGUUCAUCAGGAGACUGUGAAGAAACUACAGGAGGAACACAACAGCUCGCUGGGAAAGUUAGGUGACAUGACCGCUGAGCUAGAGAGCACCACACAAACUCUGAGUGCACAGAGAGAGCAGGAUGAAACUCGUGUACAGGAGCUGAAGGAGGAGCUGAGCAGAAUCACUCAGCAACUGCAGGAUGAACAGAAUAAGCUCCUGCACCAACAGCACACUCAGGAAAAAGAGAAGGAGGAGUAUGCAAGGAUGCUGCUAGAGGUCCAGACUAAGCUGGCCCAGCGUGAGAUGGACUUCAGGCAGGCCAAGGAGGAGUUAGCACACGGGCAAGAGGAGAAACGGCAGGCCCUGUCUCAGCUGGAGCAGACUCAGCAGCAGAGGAGGGAGUCAGCAGAAGGCAAGGUCCAUGAGGCACGGCUCCUCCAGAUGCAGGUGGAGGCACUGAAACAGGAGAAGGAGCAACUCCGCCAGCAGUCGGAGCAGGAGAAGGAGCAACUCCGCCAGCAGUCGGAGCAGGAGAAGGAGCAACUCCGCCAGCAGUCGGAGCAGGAGAAGGAGCAACUCCGCCAGCAGUCGGAGCAGGAGAAGGAGCAACUCCGCCAGCAGUCGGAGCAGGAGAAGGAGCAACUCCGCCAGCAGUCGGAGCAGGAGAAGGAGCAACUCCGCCAGCAGUCGGAGCAGGAGAAGGAGCAACUCCGCCAGCAGUCGGAGCAGGAGAAGGAGCAACUCCGCCAGCAGUCAGAGCAAAAGGAGCAUGAAUUAAAGGAACAGCUCACAGAGGCACAAACAAGCACAUCAGAUGAUGAGACUGAGUACUGGAGGAACUUGUAUGAACAGCUCUACUCUAAAGUUAAGCCCUUCCAGGAACAGCUGGAUGGCUUUGCAGCAGAGAGGGACGCUUUGCUCUCUGAGAAAGGGGCUACUCAGGCAGAGCUGAACAAGCUGGCAGGCGCAUACGCCAACCUGCUGGGUCAUCAGAACCAACGACAGAAAAUCAGGCACAUGGUCAAGCUCAAGGAGGAGAACCUGGAGCUGAAGCAGGAAGUGACUAAGCUGAAGACACAGGUGGGGAAGCAUAAGAGGGAACUGGAGCAACUCAGGACUGGUCAGGCGCCACGACGGUUUGACCCCAGCAAGGCCUUCAAACAUGAACAUAAAGAGAACCAGCAGCCCAUGGUGCCACUGAGAUAGUCAGAAUGUAAAAGUUGGCUACUAAUCAGCUGUUAUACAUGAUGUAUUGUCACAUUAUCCCACACUGUCUUUGUAGGGUUAAUGUAUACUGUCACUGAAAGAAUUAAGUGAUGAUCUAGACUUCGCAGAACCUCUCAAAGAAGAAGGAUAUAGUCUGUGAUGUCUUAUGGUCAGCGUUGGGGGAAUUCUUUCUACACUUAGGUGUUAUUGUUCUCUCUGGUAUCUGGACACUGAGGGUGAUUUUAUUUAUUGGCUAUGUUUGUGUUUUGGGUCACCAGUACAGCAGGACUUAAUGUGGGAAUUAAAAUGUAUAUAUUUAAAAAGAGUAAUAUUUUAAGCAUCUUUUUUGUUAUGCAUGGAUUACCCAACUACUAGAUCUGUUAAAAUAUGUAUGUUGUCUAGUAUGCUGUAAAGCUGGGCGGUGUGCUCAUCCAUUAUCUUCUCUAUAUUCUGAUUCAUUUUGUAACCUUUGAACUUACUUUCAAUCUAAUUUUCUAGUCCUGUUAAUCCAAUUUAUAUUUUCAAUCCAAUUACUCAACCCAGUUCAGCACAUUUCAUGUACCGUAAUUUGAUUACUUGGCUGCUCUUUUCUUUGUUCUUUGCUUGACUUUUUCAAGCUUUUUAAAAUCUUUUCUUUCAUGAUUUUAUAUCU